GGUGACGUCACCGCCACUCGGGUGGCGAAUGGCGGUUGUUGUUGUUUGUUGUUGGUGGUGGUGAUGGUGAUGGCGAAGUCGCCUUGCGUAUUGCUUCUGCUCGUGCUGCUACUGAUGUCGCCUGGUGGUCCCGUCGGAAGAUUGGAGCAAGAUUUUGAAUCGGAUUUACUGGAUAAUGAGAAUAAUAAAAACAGCCACGCAUCUUUGAACACUGACGACUCCCCCAGUCUUAUUAGAGGCAAGCAGGGGUCUCCCCAAAUACAUCUACCGGCCCCUUCGACUGGCGAAGAACCUGCCGGGUUGACAUUGACUCGGCAUACGUAUGAUGAUAACGCACGUGAAACAGUCUUCACGCCAUCUCACGUGUCUGAACGUUCCGCGAGACGCUCAGUCGUGGUGCAGAAGGACAUUCUGAAAUCCCAUGCCGGAGACGUCGAUUCGCCGCACGGAUCGGAGCUCGCCGGCGACGGUGAUGACUAUUCACAAGUUGUGAUGUCUGCUGCUGAUGCUCAGUCUGCCAUGAGUUCUGACUGGGAGCCUGCCAGCGGUUUUCCUCCUGCGGCUGUGCCACCUUCUGGAUCACAGUUCAGGAUUGUGCCAAUGGCCAGUCCUUUUGACUUUCCCAAGCAAACAAAUGAAGUUCCUGUCUAUUUCCAUCUGCAUUCGAAGGAGUCGUUACCCUGUGGGGUUUCUGCCCUCGAAAUGACCGCUGAGCCAGAGUACCUGUGGCUUGACCAAAAUGACCAUCAGAUAACAGGUAGUACCGAGAUGAGUGUUACAAGCGAUGGAGAUCUAAUAUUCAAGACGGUUACCCCACGGACAGCUGGCGUUUACACCUGCGUGCUUAAAUACACAAAUGCCGAUUUGAAUUAUGCAUUUCACACAAAGUAUAUGGUCUACGUGUACCACCCGCCGUACCAGACGAUGUACAUCCACGCCAAAUACCGGGCCAAUGCUUGCAGCUCCAAGGACAUAGUAAAGCGUGAACAGUGGAUCCGCUAUGAGCUGAACUCUCUCCUUGUCAGCACAAACUGCAUCGUCCAGAAUCCCACAUGGGAAUGCUAUGAAAUAGGCAAACCCGAAGCCGUGGAUUGGAAGCUGACAGUGGAGUACGUUGCUCAUUUUUCCUUCAUGGUCUAUCCCUACGGUGAUGGCUGGAACAAGUAUUGCACUUCUGAUGAUUCCAUCUCCUGCCAAACUAAAACGAACACGCGCCUACAAAAGGCCUACAGUUUAAUACAAGUGUUCUUAAAAAAACAGACGAAUGGGGCAUUUUCCGAUCAAAGCUUGGCUCCAUUGCUCUUUUACAUGAAAGGCUCAAUGCAAGCGUUGAGGAUAAGCCACUGCAAGCCAGGUUUCGGGAAGAACUACACGAGAUACAUGUGUGACCAAUGCUGUGUUGUUUGCGAUCCUGGGAAGUUCACAUCCACAGCCAACACCUUCUGCCACUCGUGCCUUAUUGGUUCCUACAAUCCGCACUAUGGAGCAGCCAUCUGCAUCGAUUGCCCGCAAGAUUACGUGACCCUUAAAAGGGGCAGCACAUCCCCCAAAGAUUGUGUAUGUGAGUACAGUGCCACAAUCUCUGCGCAGGCUGAUUGGAAUAACCGUCGGUGCAACAUUGGGUGGGGUCCUGUUGUUUGCCAUUCUAUUUGCCAUAAUCGUGAAAUGCUGCUGCACAGAGCCACAUGACAUUAUGGCUCUGGCUUGCAUGGAGAAAAAGAUGCAGAAGAAAAUUCAAGCGCUGCACGAAUUCAUACGCAAUGUGGAUUUGGUAAAAGCCAAGAGAAGGUUAAAACCUUGCCCCAUUCUGACCAAACAGGAGGAAAGCACCGAAUAUGACAGUGAAGAAACCUCCAUCUCAUACGAGUCGGACCACAGCUAUUAAAGGCUGCGCUCAGGACCAAGAGGAAGGGCUCAAAUUCAUCAGUAUUCAAAUCGUUUGACAAGAAUUACAUCCUUUAGAUACACCGAGUCCAAUAUCACCUGUAAAAUAUUGCAGCCAAUCUCACAAAGCUAUGGCAAGAAAAACUUGUAAUACUGUUACAUACUUAACAAUUCUGUGAAAGCAUCUAGUGUAAGACAAAGUCUCUAAUGUUAGAUGUUGCACGGACUUCUUCCAAAUAAGAAGAGCAGCUUACAUGUUGUUAUACAACUGACAUUUUUCAAACUCCAGUGUCUGUUGCUAUAAAGAAUAGGUGUCAGUGCAGUGGUAUUGCCGAGUUAAGUGUUUAUAUUCCUAGUAAAUGCAUGGCAUACAGAUGGCAACAUUUAAUUAAAUAUUUUCAUAACUUGAGAGCGAUGUAUAUCUUCCAUGGAAAUGCAUUUUAUUUUGAUAUUUUUAGCGAUUUUGACAAACCCAGAGCGAUUAACGUGUAGAUACUAACAUACAUCUCGUGCGGAGAGACAUUAUCAGCCAUCAUAAAGCCACUACUGGAUUAAGGCCUCCCAAAGAUGUCACCAUCACUCAUGGUUCAUCCAGCACCGACACACGAGCUGAUUUCAUUGCUCAAUCUCUGGCAUGUUCAAUCCUCCGGCUUGUACUCGGUCCACUGGUCUCGACCACGGGCCAUCAGGACAUUGAUAAUGAAAUUGUGUCACCUGGUUUCUUUUGCCAAGAUUGUGGUGUUGCCAUACCACAGUCUUGGCAGCUGUGGUUCUAUUCAUCCACGUUGUCGACGCACACAAGUAGCGAUUUCCUGCUCAAAUGAGCAUUGAUUUGGUGUUCAUCUCCUGUUUACAGCCCAGAGCCAGUGGUGAAAAUUCCUCAUUCCUAUGGUGGGGGUGGGUCAUAAUGUAGGACAACCACUCUUGGCUUCUCCACAAUGCAGUAGUCAUGUUAUCAACCCUGGAGAAAUUAGGGGCCGAGUUAACGGCCGAUCAGGAUUUGAACUCGCA